AGUUGCUGUGAAUAAGCUAAGAAUGGUAAUGCAGUUUCAGGGAUUAGACAAUCCAGUUCAAUUUAGUCCUCACCACAGCCACACGCCAUCAGAAUUUGUCACAGAAAUGAUGAGUAUGAAGCCUGCUAAAGGUGUGCUACCAGAACAAGCGGCAUGCCCUCUAGGACAGACUCUAGAUGUGGAACCCUACUCCCAGUACAGCAGUGCUCAGUUUCCCCAAGUUCAACCCCAGGUCUCCUCAUCGUCCUAUUAUCCUAACAUGGGGUUCUACCCCCAGCAGCCUGAAGAGUGGUACUCUCCUGGAAUAUACGAACUCAGGCGAAUGCCCGCUGAAACUCUCUACCAGGGAGAGACUGAGGUAGCAGAGAUGCCUGUAACGAAGAAGCCCCGAGUGGGCCCAACAGCAGGGAGGAUAAAAGGGGAUGAGCUGUGUGUCGUUUGUGGAGACAGAGCGUCUGGAUACCAUUACAAUGCCCUGACCUGUGAGGGGUGCAAAGGUUUCUUCAGGAGAAGCAUUACCAAAAACGCCGUGUACAAGUGUAAAAAUGGAGGCAACUGUGUGAUGGAUAUGUACAUGCGAAGGAAGUGCCAGGAGUGUCGACUAAGGAAGUGCAAAGAGAUGGGGAUGUUGGCUGAAUGUAUGUAUGCAGGCUUGUUAACUGAAAUUCAGUGUAAAUCUAAACGAUUGAGAAAAAAUGUGAAGCAAAAUGCAGAUCAGAGCCUUAAUGAGGACAGUGAAGGACGUGACUUGCGCCAAGUGACCUCCACAACUAAGUCAUUCAGGGAGAAAACUGAACUCACCCCAGAUCAACAGAACCUUCUGCACUAUAUUAUGGAUUCCUAUAGCAAACAGAGGAUGCCCCAGGAAAUAACAAAUAAGAUUUUAAAAGAAGAAUUCAGUGCAGAAGAAAAUUUUCUCAUUUUAACAGAAAUGGCUACCAGUCAUGUACAGAUUCUUGUAGAAUUCACGAAAAAGCUUCCAGGAUUUCAGACUUUGGACCAUGAAGAUCAGAUUGCUUUGCUGAAAGGAUCUGCAGUUGAAGCCAUGUUCCUCCGUUCAGCUGAGAUUUUCAAUAAGAAACUUCCAAUGGGACACGUUGACCUAUUGGAAGAGAGAGUUCGAAAGAGUGGUAUCUCUGAUGAAUAUAUAACACCUAUGUUUAGCUUCUAUAAGAGUGUUGGGGAAUUGAAAAUGACCCAAGAAGAGUAUGCUCUGCUUACAGCAAUUGUGAUCCUGUCUCCAGACAGACAGUACAUAAAGGAUAGAGAAGCAGUAGAGAAGCUUCAGGAACCUUUGCUUGACGUGCUACAGAAGUUGUGCAAGAUCCACCAGCCUGAGAACCCUCAGCAUUUUGCCUGCCUCCUGGGUCGCUUGACUGAACUGCGGACAUUCAACCAUCACCACGCAGAGAUGCUGAUGUCCUGGAGGGUGAACGACCACAAGUUCACCCCACUCCUCUGUGAGAUCUGGGAUGUGCAGUGAAGUGUGGUCUGGGAGGCCCAGAUCCUUUUCUUCCUUGUAAUAUGAAUCUGAUGUAGGCCUUUCCUUUAUUUCAUUUGUACUUGGUUUCACUCAAGAAUCUUGAUAAAUAUUUAUGCAGUAAUUAUGUAACUUCUACAAUUGUAAAUAUGGGCUAGAUAGAAUUACUUUCUCUACAUUUUAUUUUACAAGUCUUCAGGGAACCCUACAGUCUAAUUGGCAUGCCCUGUUGGCCUAAUUAAAUUGAGUGAUACUUCAAUUCUAUCUAUUGAACUAGGGAAAACUUCAUUUUGCUCUUGGUCUUACUAUAUUUCAUAUAUUUUAUUAAAGAGUUGUGUUCAAUUUUGGCAAUAAACUGAACAUAAUGGCAACA